AUAUAAAAAGUGCAUAAUAAAAAUAUCUCACGCAAUAUAUUAUAAGUCAGUCAUAUAUUAAGAAAAAUUUGACGACACGUAUGUAAUACGUCCCACAAAAUAAAAUGAACAAAUUAUUUAUAAUUACGGCGAGUGCUAUACUAGUGUUGGGUCUGGUGUCGGGCCUACGUGUGCCCACACAGUCACGUGACCAACUGAUUAGCUAUGAUAUUAUGGCCGACGAUGAGGGGGAAAAGGGGGACGAAGGGCUACCCUCAGUGUCCGGUGAUUUUGGCAAGAUCGAUGAUAGUAAUAACCAUAAUAAUGAUAAUCAAGGUGAUCAUAAUGACCAAGAUCAAUUUGACGAUAACUGGGAUGACGAGUCAGACGAUGAUCUAGAUAAGCAGCCCAUGAAUAAUCUGGCCAAGUCGUGUUUCUCAAAAAUACUGGGGCCCUCAAUCAAGUGCAUUGCCAAGAGUAUGACCAGGUGGCAAGUAACAGCAGCGGAAAUACGCUUGGUACAUAAUACUCGACCCGUGUGUUGCUUUAUAUGGCAAAUGACCGGCUGCAUGACCAGCAAUAGCAAGGAUCAUUGCACCAAAGAUGAACGAUCGGCUUUCCUGAUGCACAUGAGUUUGGAGACCGAACGCCGAAACCUAAAAAACUGUACACAAUAUCCCUAUCACAGCAAUGAUUGCGCCGCCGGUCCGGCGCCCCCUGGGCUUCAAAACGCCGGCAACUAUUACAGCGACGUUAUGUAUAGGCGUAACCAUAGACUGGCCAACGAUAACGAGCUUAAACCUGACCUCAAAGAGUCGGACCUACCGGCCGACGAGCCGGCACAGGAGCCCCGGGUUGUUGUUGAAGAAGACCCGGACGACGAUGACGAGGGUCAGGAGCGAGAGACUGACCACGAGGUUGAAGUGGUGGAGAUU